CCUGGGACCCCCAGACAUGAGUGAACAAGCCCACCACGGAGCCCCAAGGUGCUCUGGCACGAACCCCAGGAAGUGCCAGGACCUAGGAGACUCAAUUCUUCUGAUUCUGGGCAGCUUCAUCUUGCUCAACGUGGGGAUCAAUGUGGUGACUCUGCUCUGGAGGCAUCUGAAGAGCUCCUUGAGGAUUCUUUUCCGUCAUUUUUUCCCCAAAGACAAGCAACCCAGCUGUAUAGGCAGCCAUCCCAUGUGUAUGCGCUGCUCCAUGGAUCCCAAGAACCUAUGCUCAGAAGUCUCUUCCCACUUCCAUCAUCACCCAAGCUUCCUGCUCAAGCACCCUAACAACCUUGACUCCUGGAUACCAGACAUGAAUGAUGAGAAGGCUUCUAGGUGCUGCUGGAUAUCACCUCAAUGUGGACACACCAGGGGUCCCGUGGAGACUCCCUGGGGACUGUGGAAGGAGGGGAUGAUAGGAGCUGGGGAGGCCCCUCAGGUCACAGCCUCAAAGGCCCAAGACACCUUUAUCUCAAAGCAAGAGACAUCUCCCCAGUUCCCCAAGAUGAAUAAGCUGGAUAUGGUUCCUCACCACGUUCCCCAAGAGAAUACAAACAAGGCCCCAGACUAUGACCCAGCCCAAGCCCCAGCCCCACCCCCAGCCCCAGCCCCAGCCCUAGCCCAGGCCCAGACCCACUCCCCAGUCCGCCCCCCCGAGCACACCCCCACCCAGGCCCGGAGCCACUCCCCAGUCCGCCCCCCCGAGCACACCCCCACCCAGGCCCGGACCCACUCCCCAGUCCGCCCCCCGGAGCACACCCCCACCCAGGCCCGGACCCACUCCCCAGUCCGCCCCCCGGAGCACACCCCCACCCAGGCCCGGACCCACUCCCCAGUCCGCCCCCCGGAGCACACCCCUACCCAGGCCCCGACCCACUCCCCAGUCUGCCCCCCGGAGCACACCCCCACCCAGGCCCAUGUCCCUGAGCACAUCUCAGCCCACACCCUAGCCCAGGCCCCAGCCCAGGACCCCAUGCAUGCCUUAGCCUGCUCCCUGGGCCACAUUCUUGAGCACAUAAAAGCUCAUACCCCAACCAUUGACAUGGACCAUACUCAUCUAACCCAUACCUGUGCCCACACCUUGGUCCCUCCCCAAACCUCUGCCCCAGAUCCUCCUCUAACAUCUGCCCCUGCUACUACUCCUGACCCAGCUCCUACACCAGCCUCUGUCCCAUUACCUGCCUCGAUCCCUGCUCCAGUACUGGUCAUGGCCACAACUACCACUCCAGUUCCUUCUCCUAUGCCUACUGUAACCCCUACCCACAGCCUAACUCCUAUUCCCUCUACCCUAAAUGCCUUUAGCCAAGGCCUGUCCACUGACCAUGUAGUCUAUGAUACCCUCAGGGUAAAGCAGAACUUAUCCAAUGUGUGCCCCACCCAAAAUGCUGAGUGUUCCAGAAAGAACUUGGGUACCCUCUCCAGGCCCCAAGAUGGUCAGGGCCUGGCAAACUCUGGUCCAGCAGAGCAAACAUCAAAGCAACUCAGUAGGGACACUGACAAGUCCUCCACGGGAUCCAUACUGGGUUACUCGGAGUUGGAGAAUGUGGAAUGGAAGAUCUCAAAUGAUGCCAAAGACAAGUUCUUACAGCCCAAGACCAUCCCUUACUGCAGCUUCCAUCCUUGCAGUUGUGAGAGGAGAAACACAGACUACCAGCCUCCAGUCUACCCUAAACUCCUUGUCUACUCCAAAGAUGCUUCACCUUCUCAACUCUGCCUCCAUCCUCCAACCAGUGCCCAAAACUCACCAUGCAUUGCUUCUGUACCAUGUACUCUUUCUCUGCCUCUUGUUUCUCCCAGAUCCUUUGUUCAUCAACCUACCAACCACCAGGUGAAGCCCUCCAAUUCAAUACAAACCCCCAUAUUUCCCCCAAUCUCCAAGUCUCCUCAGUCCAUACCCUGUUCCCAGUUUCCCAUCCCUCCCCAGUUCUCCACCAUUUCCCAACCCACAACCCAACCCCAAUCUCCUGAACUUCAUAAGAGUCUAGGCCUCACCCAAGAUUCUGGCCUCCAGAGGACCUCAGGCUCUCUAAAAGACUCUGUGUUUGCCAAGAACCCAGGCCUUAAUCAAGAUCCAGGCCUAUACAGGUUCCCAGGCCUUUCCCAGCACCCUCACCUCUGCAAGAAACUGGGUCACUCCCAAGACUCUGGCCUUCACAAGAAUCCAAUUACUCAAGAUCCUGGCCCCCAAAAGAGCCCAGGUCCUCCUCAAGAUGUAUGUGUCUCUACGAGCCCAUGUCUCACCCAACCCUCUGGCCUCCAUAAGAACACACCACUUCCCAAAGCUUCUGACAUUCAGAGGAGUUCAGGCUUUGUGCAACACUCUGGAGUUCAUAGGAAUCCAAAACAAAACCAAGAGACUACACGCUACAAAAGUCAAGAUCUCUCCCAAACAACUGGCCUCCAUAAUAGCCCAGGACCUUAUCAAGAUUCUGAAGGUUGCAAGAGUACAGAUAAUGCCCAAGAUCCAGGAGUCUCUAGGAGUCUAGGCUUUACCCAAUAUUCUGGCCCCCAUAAGAGCCCAUGCCUUGCUGAAGACUCUGAAGUCAACAAAAGCUCAGGCCUUUCCCAAGAAUCUGGUCUCCACAAAAGCCCACGCCUUGUCCAAACCUCUGGCUUCCCUAAAGCCUCAGGCCUCACCCAAAAUUCAGAAAACUACAGGAAUCUGGGCCUGACUCAAGAUUCUGACCUCUGGAUGAAUUCAGUCCUUACCCAGGCCAGUGUAGUAAAAAAGAGAUGUGGCCUUACACAAGAUGUUGGAAUUUACAGGAGCCCAGAAGAUACCCAAGGCCCUAACUUCCACAAAUAUUCAGGAAUUAAUCAAGAUCCUGGCCAACAUAAGGGCCCAGCCAUUACCCAAGACUCUGGCCUCCCCACGACUCACAGCCUUACCAAGGAAUCAAGGCUCCACAAGGGCUCAUGCUUUACUCCAAAUCCUGACCUCCACAAGAAUCCAGGCCUUGCUUUAUGUACUAACUCUAUCCGAGUCAUGGACCCAUCUCAGACCCCAAAGUCCACACUGUCCCUGAUGAAGUCAUUUGCAUCUGACAAGGCUCCUUGGAAGAAUGCAGAGCAGCAUCCUCCAUGUAUUUCUGACCCACUCAGUCAGAACUCCUGCCCUUCCAAGGCUCGGGUUAUCUACAGUGACCUGCAAACCUUCUCAGAGGUACCUGUACUAAUUGAGAUGCAGCCAUCCUCCCAGCGAGCAGGUGGCCAGGACUGGGUUUACUGCCCUGUAGAUACAGUUCCUCCAGCCUGCCAGAACUAUUGCCAGACGUCUAUGCCUCCCAAAGUCAACUGGAAGACCCACUGUCCUAGGUCAUGUGCCCAGGUAGGCCAUGUGGUCUUUGAUGCCCGCCAGAGACAGUUUGGAGUGGGCAGAGACAAGUGUGAAGCUCUAUCUUCCAGACGCCUUCAACAAGAGGCAUCUAGCAACUCAGGAGAGACCACGAAGUGGGGAUAUCAGUGUGUAAUGAGGCCCUCAGAAAAAGAGGGGACAAAGAUGCACCAGAAAUAAAGAGAUAACAGAAGUGUUCUGUAAUUGUUUGAGGAUAUUCACCCCAGCCCCACUCCUGACACUGGCCACCCUCAGGAUGUGAUGAGGGCUGGAACUGUUCUUGUCCCUGCUUCUCCUCCAUAGCUGUAGAGCUAAACCCAUUAUCCCCAAGGCCCUAGAGCUGCAUUUUCCAACACAGUAGCCACUAGCUACCCAUGGUUAUUAGUUGUGAAUUAAUUAAAAUUAAAAUAAUUUUGUUCCUCUGUCUCAUCUACUGUUCAAGUGCUCAAUGCUAUGGGUAGCUAGUGGCUACUAUAUUGAACAGCACAGAUUUAGAACAUUUUUCAUCAUUAUAGAAAAUCCUACUGGACAGCAAUGCUUUAGAGUUUAGAGGAACUUUCUUUUCCCUUGUGACCUAUCCCCAGCAUCUUCAAAACUCCCACAGAACCCAGAGAACUCAGUUCUUUUUAGGGUGGCUCAGAGGCCUCCCUUUGGGGAGGCGGUAAGAUGUUGGGAUGCCAGAUGCCUGGAUACCCCAGCCUGUGAGAAGGAGUCCAGUCUUCAGUUUUCCUGAUCUGGUUUCUUGGGUCACAACCAGAUACAUUGAAACCUGCCUUUCCAGUUCUGGGUUGUUUGGGGGCUCUGAGUUGCUGAGGAAGAAGAGCUCUCUGUCAGCAUCUAGGAACUCCUGAGAUCUGGGCUCCCCUAAUUGAGCUCUGGAUUUUGAGAGUCCCUUCCUAUGCAGGACUCUAGUUUUUCUAGGUGUCUCUGCUUAAUUCUCUUGCCCAUGGACUUAGGCCUAUCUCACUCCAGAGAGUCCCCAGGGAAGAAGGAACGUAAGUCCUGGUUCAGCAAUGGAUAGGUCUGAUUUGUAAGCCUGUCCCUGGUUUCCUAUCUUUUGUCCCAUUAUUCUGGCUCCUUGUGUCAUUCAGCACUUAAACUGUGUCCCUGAUAGCACUGGUUACUGCAAAUAAUUUCUCCCCCAUAAUUUCCCUUUGCCUUGCCCUGGCCCAGCUGGGAGUUUCCUCUGGAUUUGAUUUCAGUCCUGAUAACUCUUCUGUGUAUACACAUGACAUGUGGAAUUCCAAAGUGUUUUCCCCACCACCAUUCAUGUGUAUCUGAGGUGGGUAUCACUAAUACGUCCCUUCCCUGAAUCAGAUGUCCAUUGCUGGGUCACCACUGUGUGUUCUUGUCUAACACCACUCCCACAGAUUCCAAGGGGAAAUCACCCACCUGCAGAGCCCCUUUCUAACGCUUCUCCAGCUCAGCUCUGAUGCUGGAUAAGUCAUGUACAAGACUUCCUAGGCUGCACUUCAAAGUGAAGUUAUAAUUGUAUGGAAGAACCCUUCUAGAUCUAAAUGACCAGGGCUCCUCACAUGGGACGUAGAGGUCCCUUUUCAUCUCCAGGCUCUAAGGUAUCUCCUCCAUUAUUGUUUGCUGUUCAGAUCCAUCCAAUUACUGACACAGAGAGAUCUGAUCAGAUCACUCAAGAGAAGCAGGGGGAGUUUGCGCAGGCAAUGGUAAGCAGUCUAGGAUGGGAUUGGCUGAGGAGCUGAGUGCCUCCAGAGUGCAUGGAAAUAAAAUGAGGCCUGGCUCUCUGGUUCUGGGGCUCUCUCCAGCUCUCUCUUCUUCCUGAGGAUGCUUGGACGAUUGUGCUGCAGCUGCCUGCAUUCCCAAUGGACAGUAUUUUAGGUGGGAAGGAACUCCCUGUGCAGCCUAGGAUUGCGCUGACCUGGCAGAGAGUGGCAGGUUUAUUUUUCUUUGGGUGUUCUAUGGGGAUGAGCUGUGAAACAGAAGCCUGCUAUUCUUCCAAAAUGUGUAGCUUCUGUAUCUUAUGUUGUUUUAGUCUGUGAACUAAUCCUAUAGAAUAAGUAAAAACUAGCGUGAAAUGCUAGAACUCAGGUGUUAGAGUUUAGCCUUAAUUGAUAGACCUAAGUGGCUAAUUCAUGUGGAAAACUGUUAUUACAAAAUUGUGAAGCUUUUGAAUAAAG